UCGAUAAUCUUGUAUUCUUAUGUUAUAUGGUCUGAUGACAGGUUCGCAGUUCGCACACACAGCUUGACAGUGUAUUUGUUGACUUGUCAGAGUUAGAGACCGUCUAUUUCUCCUUCUGAUCACGUGACUGAUUUUAUCCGAGGGCAAGCGGCGCUGAAACUGACUACUGGCUCUCACGUUUCCACGAUAAAACUUGGAUACUCUGCAAUAAGGAUGAGCGACGAUGAUCGAGACAUUGACAUCGAGAGCGAUGAUGGCGAGGAUUCGGACUCCAGGCUGCGGCAUUCCAACAACACGCAAUAUUUUUCUCAGGCAGAGAAAAGAGCACAUCACAACGCUUUGGAGCGCAAGCGACGGGACCAUAUCAAAGAUAGCUUCUCCAGUCUUAGGGACUCGGUACCAUUUCUACAAGGGGAGAAAGUUGCGAGCAGGGCGCAAAUCCUGAAGAAAGCUGCAGAUUAUAUUCAAUUUAUGCGGCGAAAGAAUGCUACUAAUCAGCAAGCCAUAGAUGAUCUCAAGAGACAGAAUAGUAUUCUGGAAUCUCAAAUUCGUUCGUUAGAAAAGGCCAAAAUUACCGGCAAUUUUGCUGCCGAGACUUGCGAGGUGACCAAGUCUGAAUCAGUGGGUGGCUAUAAUGACACCGAGUCGGAGUCCUCCGACAGUGAGACUGGCCGUGCAAUUCGGCAACCAAAGAAGCUGAAGGUCACUGGCCUUCACCAUUGACGAUGAUACACCUGUACUUUCCCCUCUCUUGAUAUGUUAUUUUUGUAUGCUGAUCAUCUCUCUCUCUCUCUCUCUCUCGUUGGUUGAUAAACACUUCAUUGUAUAUUAACUGUAUUGUGCGCGUAGGUAGAUAUAUAAGAGAUUUAGAUUAUAUCCUGUUAUAUACGUGAUAUAGGCGACUGCGAAGAACACGACCAGAUGUCGACAUGUCCAACAAAGACUUAUAAUCAAUCGCAUAAGUUGUAGGUACGACAAUUCUACAUUAAUUAGUCUGAAGAAUGUGUAUGCAGGUUCUAUUUGAUUUUCCACUUUCUAUUUUUACUGCGCGAGAUACGAUGAUAAAUCAAGAUUAUGGUAUCUGCAAUAUGUUUGUGUUUACAAUUUAAUGUAUAUACAAAUAUUUAUUAAGCAACAAUAUUAUAUAUCAAUAAAUAUUAAUACAAAUAA